AGAGGUCCCGAGCUCGCUCGCACUUUCAGUUCUGUUUCCUGAGUGCGCGCUUCCGACAGUUUUCUGCGGAAAGCCCCGUUUUGAGAUUACUGUGGCGAACACGAAACUCCCAGUGGAACUCUAGUUCGGGGACACACAGGUUCUGGACACGUCUAUCUAUUCCAGCUGGAAUCUUGCUCCAGGCAUUUCUUCUGCUCUUGAUACCUCUGGCAGCUGUUGAAGGAAGGAAUGGCAGAGCAAGAGGUGGAGCAGAUCCACCAGCUGCCUGACUCUGAGGAGGAGGAAGAGGAGGACCAGCAGCCUCAGCGUGUCUCUGAAAAACCAGCGGAGGAGGAGACAGUGAAACCAGCGAAGCAGGACCCGGAGGAGGAGACUGAGGAACCAGCGGUGGAGGAGGUGGAGAAACCAGUGGCGGUGGAGACAGUGAAACCAGCAGAGCAGGACCCAGAGGAGGAGCCAGAGGAGGAGGAGCCAGAAGAACCAGCAGUGGAGGAGGUGGAGAAACCAAUGAUGGAGGAGGAGGAGGAGGAGGAGGCAGUGAAACCAGCGGUGGAGGUGGAGGAGGCAGUGAAACUAGCAGUGGAGGAGGUGGAAAAACCAGCAGUGGAGGUGGAGGAGGAGGCGGUGGUGAAACCAGUGGUGGAGGAGGUGCUGAAACCAGCGGUGGAGGAGGUGGAGAAACCAGUGGUGGAGGAGGUGGAGAAACCAGUGGUGGAGGUGGAGAAACCAGUGGUGGAGGAGGUGGAGAAACCAGCGGUGGAGGAGGUGGAGAAACUAGUGGAGCAGAAAGCGGGCAAACUGGUGGAACUGCAGCCGUCUGUGGAGAAACCUGCAGAACCGCCAGCUGAGCAGCAGCAGCCAGUGGUGUGUGAAAAUCUGGGAGCAGCAGCUGCGGAGCCGAAGCAAGAAGAGGCCGCUGCUCCUUCCCCUGCUCCCGGCUCUCUGAGCUUCCCCUUCCUGGAAGAGGAGAGCACCAAAAUGGCCCUGCGUGCUUCCCGCACCCUCUACAUCCUCCUGGGGCUGCCCGGGGCGGGCAAAUCCCACCUGGCCGCCGUCAUCCGCGAUCGCUACCAGGACUCGUGCGCGGUCGUCUCCGCCGAUGACCACGGCGUGAAGCCCGAGCGGUACGGGGCGUCCGCAGACGCGCACAAGGCCCUGGACGAGGCGGUGGCGUCCUGCUGCGCCUCCGGCAGGGUGGCCGUGGUGGUGGAUGACACCAACCACACCAACGAGCGGCUGGCGCAGCUGGGCGAGCUGGCCGAGGAGCACCGCUACUUCGCCCUGUUCCUGGAGCCCCGCACCCCCUGGCGCCGGGACCUGGACCAGCUGCCGGGGAAGACCCGCCGGGGCCUGGACAAGGGCCAGAUCCAAGGCCUGAGGGCCUCUCUGGAGGCCGCCUGCUACCCACUCUACUUCGGCUGGUUCCUGCGCCACUCUUUCCGAGAUGAGCUGGAAGGCCUCGCCAAGGACCUGCUGAAGACCCUGGACUCCUUAGAGGCCUUCAAGAAGCACCUGAGCGACUUUACCGCUGAGGGCGAGGGGGCGGUGAACCUGGAGGAGUACUUCCAGCACGAGGGCCCGGUCCACUGCACCACCAAGUUCUGCGACUACGGCAACGCCGACGGCGCCAAGGAGUAUGCGGAGAGCCAGGUCGUGCAGCAGCGGUUGGGCUCUGUGACGGAGCUGCAGCUCCAGGCCCUGUUUGUCACGCCCCGCACGCUGGGGGCCCGUGUGGCCCUCACCCCGGAGCAGCUCCAGCUGUGGCCCACUGACGGCGAUGGGGGGGUCGGCUCCGCCCUGCCCCCGGGCAGCCGCGCCCACAUCACCCUGGGCUGCGCUCAGGGGGUGGAGCCGGUACAGACCGGCCUGGACCUGCUGCAGAUCCUCCAGCUGCAGCAGCAGGGCCAGGAGGGCGUGCAUGUGGAAGACCUGGAGCUGGGGCCGCUCAGUUACUACGGCAACGGCAUCUGGGUGCUGAGCCUGCGUGAGCCCAGAGUGGGCCCCGCCCUGUUCUCCUGUUUCCAUGGCCGCAAGAAGCCCGAGGACCUGAGGAAGAAGAAGCCAAAGUGCACCCUCCUGUGAGGGAGCUGGGCUGCAGGGGCGACUGUGCAGAACCAGACUCUUCUUCUGUGGUAUGGGUGGGCCGUGUUUCGGGUGCUUAGUUCUGUAGUGUGGAGGACCGUACAGAAACGCUCCAUUAGCUUUGUGAUAGCUGUCUGUCAGCAGCGCCACCAGAGGCCUUUGGACCUGCAGUUACCCUGCAGUUGAGAUGUACAUCUCUCCUGUCAAAGUCCUGCAUUCCUUUGUGCUGUAACCACAACCAAUUAAGCUUCCAACUUUGUGUCAAAUGCAUACGAACCAGUGAACCACAUUUCAGGGGUGGUUGUAUCAGCCAAAAUAUUGCCAAACUCAGAAACAUACAUGGUGUUUUUAAAUUAAAGGCUUUGUGGGGGAGACCUGUGUGAAUUCAAACGUUGGUAAUAUUUUUUCACAGAAAAUUAAAGAAAAUAGGUUUUGUUGGGUUGGGAUGGCAUCUGGCAUUGCCCAAAACCUCCAUACAUACCCGUACAUUACUGAAUUUGAUUGUCCACACUAUUCAGGGGAUUGGAGGGCAUAAUGAGGUGCCUUUUCUCCUUUAAAUGAUAGAAUUUGCACUAGUAAAUAUUGGCUGUCCCCUUGAGAGAUGAAUAACAGAGGUGAAUCUAUUAUACUGUGAUGCUCUAUUACACCAGUCUUUAAAUGUCUGCUUGCAUUUCAUUUUUUCACGGUUGUAUCUUGCCAUGGUACGUCACGGGGACACUGGUCAUUUUAAAUGGGGGAAACGGUACGUCAUGGGGACACUGGUCAUUUUAAAUGGGGGAAACGGUACGUCAUGGGGACACUGGUCAUUUUAAAUGGGGGAAACUGUAUGUCAUGGGGACACUGGUCAUUUUAAAUGGGGGAAACGGUACGUCAUGGGGACACUGGUCAUUUUAAAUGGGGGAAACUGUAUGUCAUGGGGACACUGGUCAUUUUAAAUGGGGGAAACGGUACGUCAUGGGGACACUGGUCAUUUUAAAUGGGGGAAACGUCAGACUGAAAAUUAAGAGGUCAUGUGCUGUGAGAAGCUGCACACAGUGCUGCUGUGCUUAAUGGGGGAGACACUGCCCCCCGUUGUGCUGCCUGUUGGGAUGUUGGGGGUUUGGACUGAGCUACUGUGCGCACACACAUCUCCUCCCUUCUGUGAGCCUUUGCACUUAUUUCCUCUUCCUGCGGCACGUUUCCUGCUGCUGUUGAUUACUCUGCCUUUCAUGUGUAGUGUUGUCCCACACAGUCAUGAGGUACUAAAGCUUGUGUAAUCGCUUUUCGCACUUAAUAAAGAAUGUUUGCUUGACUGA